GCCUCCCUCAACCUUUUCCCCACCGUCAACUGCUUUAGCGACACCAAUUCAGUUCAAAACAUUCCAGAUUUGGCUCAAGUAUCAACUGCCAGAUUCUUCUCUCCCACCAAACCCUAGCCGGAAAUCCCCAACAUUCCUCGAUCCCCCAUCAUGCCACAACCUCCCCUCAAGGCCGUGACUCUCACGCACGUCCGCUACCAGAGAGGCGACCGCUUCGGUCAUUUCCUCGCAUGGGUCUCACUCGUCCCCGUCUUCAUCAGCCUUGGCGGCUUUGUCUCUCAUUUCAUCUUUCGCCGAGAGCUUCAGGGCAUGUGCUUCGCUCUGGGUUUACUGAUUUCCCAAUUCAUCAACGAAGUCAUUAAGAAAUCGGUCCAGCAAGCGCGGCCGGAGACGUGUGCGUUGCUCGAGAUGUGCGAUUCGCACGGAUGGCCAUCCAGUCACUCACAAUACAUGUUUUUCUUUGCGGUGUAUUUCACUCUGUUGAGCUAUAAGGGGAUUGUGCUUCUUACUGGGAAAUGCAGAUGGAUUGCGAGUUUCGCUUGGUGGUUACUGGCCGUGCUGACUAUGUAUUCUAGGGUUUAUUUGGGGUACCACACUGUGGCUCAGGUGUUUGCUGGGGCCACUUUGGGGAUUAUUCUUGGGGCGGUGUGGUUUUGGGUGGUGAAUUCCGUGCUUUUUCGUUACUUUCCGGUCAUUGAAGAAAGCGAAUUUGGCAGGCGGUUUUAUAUAAAGGAUACUUCUCACAUACAUAAUGUGUUGGAGUUUGAAUAUGAAAAGGCGAGAGCUGCUCGGAAAGAUAUGAAUUGCAAAAGUGAUUGAUCCAUUGAUCGGCGGAGGAUCUUUUGGCAGGUAAAAUAAUCCAGGAUUUUUUGUCUUGGCAUCUACAAGAAGACACCGGUACGCUAAAUGACUGCUGCUAUUGUUUCAAUCAUUUCCUUAAGAAAAAGCAUUGGGAAGCCGGCAGCUGGAGCAGAAAAGUAGCUACUGAUUUAUUUUGGGCACAUAUUGAGAUACUUGCAGAUGAUGUGUAGUAUUGAAAGAACGGUUCUUGGUAGAGAAACAUGAUUCUAUCAUGGUCUAUGAAUUUGAGGGCUGAGAACCAUGGUUCUCUUUUGAAACCUGGGGAGAUUUGAGAACGUAUAGAUUACUUUUCAAGAAAGCAUAUUCUAAAUUAAAGGCAUCUGGCAAAAAUGUGAGGUUUGCUGCUGCCUUCUUCUAAACUUAUUAUAUAUAUAUAUAUAUAUAUAUAUGCAGGCAUCGGUCUGGCUUUUGUUGGGCUUGUCAAGGAGCAUGGGGCAAGUUACGACAACAUCUUAAUUUGUGGUCCGUGCUAACUGCUAGCCCGGUGGCUGGACUACGUCAUUCAUGUCCCCCAAAAUCUUACAUUGGGUGGUGGUCUCCACGUUGGCCCAAACGGCAGCCACUUUUUUAUUUUUUAUUUCUAUUAACCUAACAGGGAAGGAUCGUUUUAUUUGA